CAUAAUUAAUGCAGUCACUUAAAAUAAGUUCCUGUUUACGUGCGGCUGUAUUAUAGAAAAUGGAGUCGAAACCAUUCGUGUGUUGCAGAUUAUAUAAAAAUCAUUAACAAAUGUGUAUUAUGAGUUGGUGAUCAGACUGGUGGGAGACAUUGCAUAAACAUUGCUGAUGGUGUUAGAUCUGAAUCUGAAUCACAUGACUACUGGUUCAUUAUACGAAGCUUUCGAGAUUCGUCAUGUCUCCCUCGCCUUGGAAUAUAUAUUCAAGCUGAUAUGUGUAAGGACAGCAAUUCAGCUUCUUAGCCUUCUCUUUUCUAAAGAAAACAAAUGGCUCUCCACCAUGCUCGCUCUAACAGCUUGCCUUCUAGGCCACAUCCUCUAUCUUCACAAAUCGAUGAGCAUUUCAGCAGAUUGAAUGCUUCUCAAGUAAUCUCCUCCUCUUCUUCAUCAUCAUCAUCUAUAUGCCACAAAGUAAGUUGCCUUCAAGAUUUGCAUGAUUGUGUUGAUAAGUUGAUUCUGCUUCCCCUCACUCAAAAAUCUUUAGCCCAAGAACAGAAUGAGAAAUGGGUCGAUGACGUAUUGGACGGAUCCCUUAGAGUCUUGGAUGUCUGUAGCAUGGCUACAGAUGCCUUGUUGCAAACAAAGGAAUGUGCUCAGGAACUUCAAUCAAUCAUGAGGAGAAGAAGGGGAAAUGAAAUUGGAGUCUCGAGCGAGAUUAAGAAAUACUUAACCUCUAGGAAGGUGGUGAAAAAUACAAUCCACAAGGCCUUGAGGGGUUUGAAAUAUUUGGAGAAUAAAUCCUCACUCUCUCCCUUCAACAAAGACCAUGAAGCUGUAGCUGUAGUUAGUAUGCUAAAAGAGGUGGAAGCAGUCACUCUCACUGUGCUUGAAUCUCUCCUGACUCUCAUCUCAGGUGGGGCAAAAGCACAAUCAAAGCUAAGUGGAUGGUCCUUGGUGUCCAAGCUAAUGCAUCACAAAAGAAUAGCUUGUGAGACAGAGGAAACAGAAGUGAAUGAAUUUGAAAAACUGGACUCUGCAUUGCACACUCUCAUUUAUCAGAAGACCAGUAAAUCUGAUAACACAGGGUCUCUUGAGAAUGUGCAGCAGCAGCUCAAAGAUUUCGACUUGUGCAAUCAAGAACUUGAAGAAGGACUCGAAAACCUUUACAGGCGUUUGAUCAAAACUAGAGUCUCUCUUCUCAACACCUUUGUAAACUAGAUGUAAAUAUCUUUGUACAUGAAUGAAAUAUAGACAAAUAUACAUGAACUUUUCAGCAAAUCUUGUCUCUUUUUUUCAUUUGCUUAUGCCUUUCCUCUAAUUUUUAUAUCAUUUAAUUUUUUGAAAGUGAAAAUAA